GCUGCUAGGAUUGGGACUAGUUGAUUAUCCAGUUGGAAAUUCAAGGAAUAGAUUAUUUCUCAUUAUUAACCUCUUAAUUGUAUCUUCUUUCUGGUUGGCUCAGUUUUAUUUCGCAAAUAUACCAUGCGUUCUAAAGCAACAACAAAAUCUAGCCAUGAACUUGUACAAAAUGAUGAGAUACUGGAAUAUAUGUAUUGCUUGUUUUUCGAUAAUUAUUGGUUGGCAUUAUCGAAAGAGAAUGCAGCUAUUUACUCAAAACCUAGAAAGGAUGGACGAGGUCUUUGAAUUUUUGGGACUAAAGAAAAAUUAUUACAAAAGUUUUCAAGACAUUAUGUGCAUAGUAUCAGUAUUUAUUAUAAUGGUACUUUUAUCAUUUAUCCAAACUAUGUAUUUAAGAAUACAUUUGGAAAACGAACCAAAAUUUUUACAAUUCAUCCUCUGCAAUUUUAUUCAAUUUUGGCCACCUUUGACAUGCAUUUUUGUGGACAUUACUUUCGGCAUUGCUCUUCAGUGUAUUGAAAGAAGAUUCAAAAAUAAUAACCAACUUUUACGUGAAGGCUUUUGUGAAUAUCCAUUACCGUCUUUUUUUAACAAGAGUGAAAUUUAUCAUAUGAAGGAUUUCCAAUUCACGGCGAAACUUAAUUCCACAAAUUUCGAAAAAAGUAAAAAUGUCAUGGAGCUCCUAAAACAAAUUCAUUUAGAACUUUGCAAACUAGCACGUGAAAUAAACCAAAUUUUUGGAGUACAUCUCACUUUGCAUAUGACUAUAGUUUUCAUGGUUACAACAGUAUAUUUUUUCAAUCUUAUAACAAUCUAUCUUGAUCCUCCUUUCAAAGUAAAACACAUAAUGAUUUUCAACUUACUGGGAUAUGUCGCACUUUAUUUAUUAAAGUUUCUGUUUAAUAACAUCGUUUGCUCAUUGACCAGCAAUCAGACAAAUAAUACUAGAGAGAUUCUUUUGGAUAUGAAGCUAUUAAGAAAAAACCACCCCAUUAUACGAGAGAUAGAUCUAUUUUAUCAGCAAAUAAAUUUACGGCCUUUAACAUUUACAAUAUGUGGAUUUAAUACUUUAGGAGUCAACUUCAUAUUCAGAUUUUUAGGGACCGUUGUUACCUAUCUUCUCAUUCUAAUACAAAUAAAUCAAGAACGUACAGGUAAACCUGCAUACAGCUGAGCUAUGGUGUUCUCAACAAGAGCAAUCUUUCACAAUUUUAUAGAGUGAAAUCUUAUAGAGUGUAUGUAUAUUAUAAUAUAUAAUCUUUUAAAUAAGGUACGAAUAUCUUGUUGAGAGUAUACUUAGGAAAAUUAAUAACUGGCCCUUAAAAAUGUUUUUUUUUAAAGGUACGAUUUUUUUAUAAUAACGACAUUCAAACCUUUGGUUUUUAUUUAUAAAGUCGAAAAAUCGAGAAUAUUGUACUUUGAAAAAGUAGACUUUCGUGAAACGUGAGCAUUUGAUUUAUUGGGUAAUUGCAUUUCAAGAUAUACACACGGAUCAAAAUUAGAGUGUAGUAGAGAAUCUUUU